AUGGAUUUCUCAAGUGAAACACCAUCAAUUGAAUUCAUCAGUUCGAUUUAUAACCAGACAUUCUUGGAAAUUGGGCUAUUAGAAGUCAAUAAUGAAAUUAAUAAUGAAAUUAAAAAAAAUUUGAAUCAAGAAGUUGUUCCAAUUUUACUCUCUAUUCUUUCAAGAAAAACUUUUUCUUUAAUUGAUGAUCUUUCAAUUAAAUUAAAUUCAAGAGGUUAUUUAUUUUCAGGAAUAAUAGAUACAAGAUUAUAUUACACAAUUGGGUUAAAUGGUACUUUCUACAUUGAGGAGAGAGAAAAUAUUCCUACUUUGUAUUCUCCUCAGGUAUUAAAUGAAAAUGUAUAUCAAUAUUCAGAUGGAGUAGCAAUUUUCACUCAUGGUUCUUUUGUAAAUUCAAUUUAUUAUGAAUAUAUUUCUCCAUACAUUAUUCUAAAAGAUUCAUUUGCAACCAUCAAUUUAACAACUUCAGAUCCGGAUUUACUAGAAAUUAUCCCAUACUUUAGUAAAAUUCCAGAUCAUCAAGUUGAAAUUAUUAUCUCCCCCGUAUCCACUUGGGUAAUCCUUGACACUUUCCACAAAAGUAUGAAUGAAUUCAAUAUGACUCUUUUCAAUCCUAGUAUUCAGGUAUCUAUUAUGGUUAUUGGAAUGCCAGAUGUUUAUGCUAAGAUUUCCCUUAGUAUAAACACAAUGGCAACCUUUUAUUAUCAACCUGAAAUCAGAAAAACCAGUAAUGUAUCAAAUGUCAUUUCCUAUGAAAUGUCCCAGAAACCUGAAAGCUCUUUGGUUUUUCAAAAUGUUUCAUUAAGAUUCUUUGUUGAUUCAAACUCAAAUAAUGUUUUCGAUUCUAAUGAAACUUUGUACACCGGUGAAUCAUGGGUUAUUGUUGAAAAUCCCAAUAGUAAAACCGAAUUCCAAUCUUUCUUUGGAAGUGAAAUUGUUAUAUUUACUAAGCAUAUCGAUUCACCAACUAAGAUAAGAAUUUCAACAUUUGAUAAUCACUACCCAAUUUCACCAAUAUACACUAUCCAACCCUAUCAAGAAGGUCAAAUCAAAUCAGAAAGUCUUGUUCUCCAAUUUAAUACUGGUACCUACAACACCACCCAUUUCGGAUAUUGUCCAACGAUUAACUCUCAUCUCUGUAUCCAUUAUUCUGUUCUCGAUUUCCCACCAUAUUGUGAAGUCGAAUUGGAACCAGAUGGAAUACUCACUGUUUCACUUUAA